AUGCGAGUAUGUCCUUUUUGUGCGAAGAAGCAUUCGAACGCUAGCCGACUCCGAAAGCAUCUGCGCCAGCGCAAAUAUCGCGACCGGAAUAUUUCCAUCGCAUCGGAGCGCCCUGGUGCUGUCGGCGUAGGGCACUUUCCCGUACACCAUCAGCAAGGAGCCCAAAAGUCUCAGAAUCAGGAUUGCAUCGGUAAUUAUAUGAAGUCCUACAGCUCAGCUCUAUCUACAAACUCCGUUCCAUCCAAAUCCGAGGACGAUUUGAAUUUUAGCCUGUGUGAAAUCCAAGCCAACUUCGGCCCUGAAUUUGGUGUCCUCUCCAAAUGCCACCUUUCUUACUGGAACCGCAUGUCAGAUCAAAAUCAAGAUCUCUGGCUGAAAUCUACAUCAUCGGUCCCUCGUCUCCUUGACGGCUCCCACUGCUGGCGCGUUCGAGCUCCUCUCACUCGCGAGCUCUUCAUGAACACUAUAGAGGAGAUAUCAGCCGGAACGUCGACGACUCAGAAGGGCUCCGAGUCUCGAUUUCGGGCUAAUUUCCAAGGUGAAGUAGAUGAGAAAUUCGACCCUUAUGUUGUCCUCUCGCAGCUCAUUGAUCCUGAUCCGAAUAAACCUGCAUUUCUCACUGGUUUACGGUUGCCGUCUAUAGACCACUUUGGAUUUCGCUCACCCUGUGAGAUCUCCACUACCAUAGAACCAUUUGAUGAGACGAACAACCAAGUGAACUUGACCCCAAAAUACUCGUUUGUGGACUUGCAUAUCGACUAUGGCGCGGACGGAUUGUCAACAGUGAUUGGGGAUUGCCGAAAGAUAUGGCUACUUUACCCACCCACGGAUAACAAUUUGAUUGCCAUGAAGUCAAUUGACGGCCAGCGUGGAAAGUUAGUCCGCUUAGCACGUCGAUUAGAAGGCGGUGUUCUUGUGGAAACAACAUCAUCACAUGCAAUAUUCCUCCCAGCAGGCUGUGCCCAUGCCACGUUCACUCUUCAAGGUGGUUACCUGGUUGCCAAGGAUUUCACGACUGCAAAGUCCCUGAGUGCGAUUGCAAGCUUCAUCACUUGUGGACUAGAUGAAAAUUUGCCGACGGAGGCUCGAGAAAUUUGCUUCGAUUGGUUUGAACGUUGUUUAGAUGUCACAUUAUCCCAGCAACAUGUGCUUGCAGCAGUUUCCGCAUGGUUAAAGGCGGAAAAAAAGCUCGCAAGCUGGGCAUCGACUCAUCGAAGGUGGCGAGUAAAUGUUAGACGUUUGUGGGAGCAUCACUGCCAGGACUCGGUGGUCAACUGCCCAUGUGAGGCUCAAGAACCGAUUUCAUUCUUCCAGCAUUUUUCUUCUGUUCAUUUGGCCUUUUUGCUUUCUUCAUCUCAACUACGACGCCGUCGGUGA